AGAUGCAUCUUUUUUGAGACAGAAACAUACACCUUAUCUUAAUCUUGAAUCCACAUUAACAAAAUAAACUUGUAUCAGUCGUUAAGAUGCUUUGAGAGGUCAUCUUGAAUGUAAGAAAUUUGCAGUGGUCCUUUCAAUUUAACCUUCCGGAAGUGGCGCCUAGUCUGACAGACCCAGACGCUCUACCAUUGCUCGGCAUGUGUCGGCAAUAAUCGGUAAAAUCCCGCCCAGUUAAGUACCUUCCCACAUAGGCCUCGUGUUCGCAUGGCAAGCGAGACAGGUGUUGGUUAAAUAUUGAUGCAGUUAUUUUGUAAAAAGUCUGUGAGACUACUACUCGCGUAACUGUUUUUGUGCUUUGUUGAAAUUUGAGUGUUUUGUAUUUUGGUAAGUAAAUGAAGCAUUAUUUAUUGUUCUGUUGCUCGGUUAAUACUUUGCAUGAGAGAAUAUCUAGUAUAAUGUAAUAAUUUUGUCAUAAAAGUGUAGUUUUACAUAAGUACACCAAUCACAUCUUCAGUAGAUUAUUUUAUUUUUGUAUAAUUCAUGCUCUCCACGUUAUUUUUAUUACUUUCAGAAAUGAGUUGGGAAGCAGAGCAAAAAAGAUUGCAGGCCCUAUGGGAUGAAGUACAACUUGAAGAAGAUCCAGAUGAUGAGGACUUAGAAUGGGCUGCGGAUGAGGACGUCACUGAAACAAGAGACACCGAUAGCGAGUUAGAGCAAGAAUAUAAUGAUGAGGUCAUUUCACUUCAAACUGCAGACAUUCCAGGAGCUCAUCAUUUUCUUGGUAAGGAUAAUAAGACAGGAUGGAGAUUUUGGGUGACAAUGUCCGAGCAGCGUUUUCGAUUCCUCCUUAACUGUCUGCGAUUCGACGACCUUUCUACUAGAGACGAAAGAAAGAAAUUUGAUAAGUUGGCACCAAUAAGAUCAACUUUUGACAAAUUUGUUCAGAACUGCAAAAAUACUUACUGCAUAGGAGCCAAUGCAACCAUAGAUGAGAAGCUUGAAGCGUUUCGUGGACGUUGUGGAUUCAACCAGUACAUCCCCAGUAAGAAAAACUAAUAUGGAGUUAAUAUCUUUGCUCUUGUCGAUGCUUCCACGUCAUAUUGUGCUAAUUUAGAGGUAUAUGUAGGUACACAACCCGAUGGGCCUUUCAAAACAAAUAACGAUCCUGCUCGCAUUGUUUUACGCCUCAUUGAAC